CCCGCGGCGGGGAGCGGGCGGGCGCCGAGGCCCUGAACAAAAGGCCGGCGGGCGGUGCGGGACAGCUCGGCGCUGUGCGGUGCGGGCCUGCCGCCGUGCCCCGGCCGCGCUGAGGGGCGGCCACCCCGGCGGGGAGCCGUGCCCGUUAUUGUUUUGGCCGGGGGUGGGUGGGGGGGAUCACCCGCCCCGCCCCGCCGCGUCACGUGCCGGGGCCGCGGCGGCGCCGGGCGCUGGCGGCCGUUCCUGCCGCCCCGCCGGGAAGGCCCUGGGAGGCGUCGGUGGCGGCCGGUCCGUCCUGCAGGGCCCCCGCCGGGCCGGGGCCGUUCACCCGCUGGCGCUUCGGGGCCGGGCUUUGGCUCGGGGGGAGGCGGCGUCCCGCCGCCGCCCGCCCGGCUCCCGGGUUCGUUUCGUUGGGUUGCAAAAUAGGUCAGGAGCGUCGGCUGCGGCGGCGUCACGCGUGGCGGAACCCCCGCACCAGGCCGGUGCGCGGCGGCGGCGGCGGCGGGAGCAACUCCGUGCUGCCUCUUGUCACCCGCCUCUCGGCGUGUCGUGGCCGUCGCUGGCGUUGGUGGCCGUGACGAGCUGCGCGAGCCGGGAACGGCCGCCGGCCAAGCCGCCGCGGGGGAGCACGGCGCGAAGCACGUAAAAAGAAGUAACCGUUUGCAGAGAGGCUGAAACCCUGUAGUGUACCGUUGGGCAGGACAAGUAAGGAAUGAGCCAGCCUUGGGAAAGAGGACCUGCCAUCCUAGCAGGAGACAUCUGAAGAGAGGACAUUUUAGUCUUGUGGCAUGCUUCAGUAGAAAUUAUUCAGAAAAAGAAAAAUAUUCUAUGGUCAGUUUUGUUUAGUUCCUAAUACCAUGAAGUUGCAAUGAAAGUGCUUCCACAGCCAUAAUGUAGCAGAAUAGCAGUCCUAGAUGGGUUUCCUCCUUUCUGAAGGAUUACCUCUUCAAUAAAAAACUACAUGUACAUCCUCAUACCAGCUUAUAAACAAACUCUGUGACCUGGAUUUGAUACUUAAAAAGCCCUGUGGUUGUUCUGAGCCCGGCUGAGGGAUGGUGUACCGUGGUGCAUGGGGGCUAAGCAACUGAGGGGGGGAAUACGUCAGCCGGGUGCUCUGCCAGGCAUGUUUUCUACUGUGGAAACCUGGUCUGAGGAUGGCUGGCUGUGGAGAAAUAGAUCAUUCGAUCAACAUGCUUCCCACAAACAGGAAGACAAAUGAGUCGUGUGCUAACGCAGCACCUUCUCUGACAGUCCCCGAAUGUGCUAUCUGUCUGCAAACAUGUGUCCAUCCUGUAAGUCUGCCUUGUAAACACGUUUUCUGCUAUCUGUGUGUGAAGGGAGCUUCUUGGCUUGGGAAACGAUGUGCACUCUGCCGGCAGGAGAUUCCAGAGGAUUUUCUCGACAAGCCAACCUUACUGUCACCAGAAGAACUCAAAGCGGCAAGCAGAGGCAAUGGAGAAUAUGCUUGGUACUAUGAAGGUAGAAAUGGUUGGUGGCAGUAUGAUGAACGUACCAGCAGGGAGCUGGAAGAUGCCUUUUCCAAGGGUAAAAAGAGCACUGAAAUGCUAAUUGCUGGGUUUUUAUACGUAGCAGAUCUUGAAAAUAUGGUUCAGUAUAGGAGAAAUGAGCAUGGACGCCGCAGAAAAAUAAAACGGGACAUAAUAGAUAUACCAAAGAAGGGAGUGGCUGGGCUGAGGUUGGACUGUGAUGCUAACACUGUCAACCUAGCAAGAGAGAGCUCCGCUGAUGGUGCAGACAGCACACCGACUCCAGGGGCUGCAGCUGUCCAGCCUCUAGCAUCCAUUUCUGCUAGGGCCCUGCCAUCACUAGAUGGUCAGCUGAUGAGUCCUUCAACGCCAUCACCUGAUGCAAGCAAUUCUCUAGAGAACUCUUUUGCCCACUUGCAAAUAAACGGAGACAGUAUGGCUGAAAGGAGUCAUAGGGGAGAGGGAGAAGAAGACCAUGAGUCAUCAUCUUCUGGUCGGGUGCCAGCCCCUGACACCUCUGUUGAGGAGACCGAAUCGGAUGCUAGCAGCGACAGUGAGGAUGUGUCUGCCCACCUUCAGCAACGCCCGUCCUCUGUCCAGCAGAGACACUUGAGUGCAAAUGCAAGCCAGUCAGGAACAGAUAGACCAGUGGCAGGGGGCGGGGUGGUAAACACAAGUGUAAGAUCUAGAAGGCCAGAUGGACAGUGCACCAUCACUGAAGUUUAAAUCUAGAGCCAUGCGAUUAAAAACUCAGUCCUGUAUCUGUAAAUUUUCUGUCCACAUUGGCAUUGCACUCAAACCUAGCAGUGUGUUUGGUGGGAGGGUGGGGUGAAGGGGAGAAACAGAUUUGGCGUGUUUAACUUAAGUCUCUUAACAUGUCUCGGCUGGAAGACUCUUAACUGUAGGGAACUGGGUUGUCCUGUUAAUGGUUUGAAAGCUGCUUAGCAAUACCCAGUUUUCUUGAAAAUGUCUUGUGUUUAUUUUGUAGCAUUUUCCCCUUGGAGAUACUCAGUCCCUUUUUGGCCAAUAUAUAUCUUAUUGUACAACUUGAAUUGUCUUCAUUAUCUGACUGUUGCAUUAAGUGUCUUACUACUUUCUGCAUGGAUUGAUGUAUGAAAAGAACACUAAAGCAAUGUGGGAGCAGGCAAGAUGUUGGGUGUGAGCAGGAUGCUUAAUUUAAUGUGAGAAAAUAGAUGUGAGUUUGGAGUUAAAAUGUGUUUUUACUAGGCGAGCAAUCAUUUACCUUCCUUCAGUGGAAAUGUAAAAAUGCUGUUAAUUUUUGUUGCAAAUUCAUACCUAUACACUCUUCAUGGCAUUUUCACUGGCUUUGCCAUCUAGUCCUUGUAGUUUUGUUUUUGAGGUCUUUUUGAUCUGUCUCGUUUUUGUUACGGAAUUUAUAAUUUAAUAAAACUACAUUUUAUCAGUAACAAUCUUA